UCAAACGACUGUCAAAUUUAUUGUAAGCUUUCAGGAGUAGAGUAUUUCUUGUCUUGUAUUUCAGUAAAAAUGGUGAAAUUUGUGUAACGCUAAACUAUUUUUCAUGUUUUGGAGUGAAAGUUAUCCUUCUUAACAGAUCUCAUACUAACAUUGCCAAAGAUGUCGAAGUGGCAAUCAGAACGCAGUAUUCAUGAGAUGUUGAAGGAUACUCCACCGUUGCGGGAAUCCAGUGACUCCAUCACAUCUGGCACAGAGCCCAACUUCCCUGCUUCACGCUCUAUGACAUUCCCACCAGCUUAUGCCCCACCAGAUGUAUCAGCGGGUGCAGGUGCAGGCUCAAUACUGCGCGCGGGAGGCUCACGCCUCGACUCACUACGAUCCUGGUCGCUCUCCACGUACAAGUGUACCAAGCAGCUGCUCUAUGAGAAACUUGGGAAAACGUCACGCACUGUAGAUACUGAAUUGGAGGCGCAGAUCGAAGCGCUUCGGGAAACGCAGCGCAAAUACGCGGGAGUGCUGCGGCUGAGCUGCGCGUUGACGGCGCAGUUGGCUGCUGCCGCGGCUACGCAGCGGCAGCUCGGCGACGCUUUCGCGGAACUCGCGCAACGCUCGCCAGAACUGCAGACACAGUUCCUAUACAACGCGGACACACAGCGCGCGUUGACGCGGCACGGCGACACACUGCUCGCGGCGCUGCAUUUCUUCAACAACUCGCUAAACACGCUCACCAAUAAGACUAUGGAGGACACGCUACUCACCAUACGACAGUACGAGGCGGCUAGGGUGGAAUAUGACGCGUACCGCAGUGAACUGGAAGCGCGCGGCGGCAACCCGCCGUCGUUACUGCUGGCCAGCAUCGAGCGGCAGCGGCGCGCGUACGAGCGGCUGCGGGACGAUUCCGCCGUCAAACUGGCGUUGCUACACGAAAACAGGGUGAAAGUGAUGAACAAGCAACUCCUCCUAUUCCACAACGCGGUGUCGGCGUACUUCAGCGGCAACGGCGCGGCGCUGGAGGCGGCCGUGAAGCACUUCAGCAUCCACGCGCCCUCGCCGCCCGCGCCGCUCCCGCCGCUCCCCUCGCUCCCCUCGCUCCCCUCGCCACCCGCCGCGCCCGCGCAGGCCGCGCCGACGUCUCCGAGGUCCACGUAAAAACAAAUCACGUCCAGCGGCAUAACUUAUAUUGAGCUCUGCUCGUCUUGGUAUCCACGUGAAAUUAAUAUUUUAUUAAAAUAUCGGAAAAUCGAAUGGACGUAGAUCGGCGAAAGGGAUCCAUCCUUUAAAAAUUGCUAUUGAAAUCGAUGACUACUCCUUGGGAUGGAAAGUCCAAAUUAUAUUGAUAGAAUUUUGUGUAUUGGAUCCUUUUCUUUAAACUACAUCCAAAUUUAAUGUUAUCGCACCCCAACAUUCUGAGGUGAGACGCCAAUCGUGCGGCAUUUUGGGUAUUUGCAAUAAAAUCUAGUAAUUGUUCACCGUUCUUAGGCUAUUGUAAUUUUACUAAAGCGGCACUCGUGUGUUAAGAACGGCGACAUGUAAAUGACUCUUUGUUUUUGCCAUAAGGUGUAUUGUAAAUCAAGAGUGAACAUGUAUGUUCUGGGUGAGCUCACUCCAUCGUAUGCCACGCCUUUGCCUUUGGCUAGUCUGUGGCCAAAAGUGUCUAAUUAUAAUUUAAAAAAAGGUGUACUUUUUAUGGCCAGUGUCUUAACUUAAUUUUAUAAAUUGAUACCAUUUUGCAAAUAUCUUUUGUGCUAUAUUACCAUGACAACCAUUACUAUAAUUUUAUACAAUUGAACCAAGCGCGGAUCCAGCUUCGUGCCCAGGGGGGGUCACGUGGUAAAGGCCCAGGGAGGGGGUCACGUGGUCUAUUUGUAUGGCUAACCUAGGCUCUGGGGUAGGGGGAGGGGGGUUUUUAACCCCCAUGACCCCCCCCCCCCUGGAUCCGCGCAUGAAUUGAACUUGAACUAUAAGUUGACUAUCAGAUAAUCUUCUGUGUAUAAUAUUACCAAUCUCUUACUGCUUUUCAAAAUGAUGAGAUGUGAAAAGAUGCGUGUACAACUUACGACGUAAAAAUUUAAAGGCUAAAAAUAUUUGUAACAACAUUAAAUAUGUAAACCCCAGCACUGCAAAAAAAAUCUUAGCACUGUAAUAUUGCCAUAGCUAUAAUUGUAAGUCUUGCCAGGGGAAUGUUUGCGUGUGUGUUUGAAAAAGGGUUGUCAGCCGAAAAAUGCAUUACAUUAUGCAUUAUGAGGUACGGGACUUUCUAGUCCUUUUUACUGAAAUGUUUGUUGUACUGACAGUGUUGACACCCUUAAUUUACUAACUUAAAAUACACUUGCCGGAGAUUUAUGUAGAUCUGAUGAUUACUUAGUAUAUGACCUUUAGUCUUCUUUCGGGCGAUUGUUGCUUUUAUGCUUGCUUAGAGUACAUAUUUGUACAUAUAGAUAAAUGUUUGUUCAAUUACAUUUCCAAUAUUUUUAUAUCAUAGUGUUAAAAGACAAUGGUCAUUGUAUAGCUCAAGCUUGUCCUUCCUUCACAAUUUUUAAAAUGAGCUUUUCAUUUCAAAUAGAAUGUUUACUGAAUGUGUGUUUAAAAUAUUAUCAAGUUUAUCAUAUCCAAAGAUAAAAUUGUGUAAUCUAGCAUCUCUAUAUCCGUGAUAUUGUAUUCUUAAUAAGUUAGUUGAGAGUUGUUAGCUGGAGCAGGCCUUAUAAAGUAUUACUGUCUUUUGCCAACCACACUCCUCCCAUCAGGUGGAUUGUUGGCAAUGGAGGUAUAAUACACAUAGGUACAUGAUAUUGUGAUCUGUGAGUAGAACUGACAAUACAAGUGAGUGUAGCUUGAAUACCUAAGUAUGAAAGUAUUUUGAAUAGCUAGUCAACCUUUAUUUUAUUAUUUGUAUGUAAAUUUACUUAUUUAUUAUCAAUUAUUUUAGACAAAUUUUCUUAAUGUUUAAGUUAAAUGCAUUUAUUAUUUAUGGAGUGUAAAAUAGAUUUAUUGAAGAAUAAGUACUUGUAUUUUUU